UACUUUCCUUAAAUAUCUCCACCAUUAUAUAGCUUGUUCAGAGUUCUUAUGCGUGUGGGAUUUGAUUUAUAUGAUUGAGAAAAUUAUAGAAUUUGAUAUUUAAGUGAUUUGGCUAAAAGCUCGGUGAAGAAAACAUUACUUCACUAAGAGAAAAUUUUGGACAACAAUGAUGGUCUGAAAAAACACCUCAGGAUCUGUAUAAAUAAAAUAUUCACAAUAAUUUGAUUUCGAAGCCCCAAAUAUCUUUUUCUCCGGUAGAUUUUUGUUUCCAUCAAAAUUUUCUAUUAUUCAGAAAAAUCUCUGACACUUUAUAAUAAUCGAGUUGACUCGAGCUUCGAGUUAAGUCCAUGGCUGCCGGCGUUUUGACCGGUUCUGGACCUUUAACAUACAGUUUCGGAAGAAAGUUCAUUCCAUCUCCGAAACCCAUCUCGAAAUCAAACUCCUUCUCGUUCUUAGCUCAAAAAUCCAAUCUCAAUCGAACAAGUUAUAGUUAUUCGAGAAAACAGGGCAAGGGAAUAAUUAUCGUUGUUUUGAACAAGAAAACAGAGGAUCAUCAUGCCAUGCAGGUUUCCCAUGAUUUAAAUACGAUAAAAUUAGACGAAUCCAAGUCCGAAGCUGAAAUUAUAGUUCCAAGAAUAUCAAAUGAUAGAUUGGCAAGAAAGAAAAUUGAGAGAUAUACUUAUCUUGUUGCUGCAGUUUUGUCCAGCCUAGGAGUUUCUUCGGCUGCCAUUACAGCCGUUUAUUUUAGAUUUUCAUGGCAAAUGCAGGGUGGCGAAUUCCCAGUUGCUGAAAUGUUGGUUACCAUUUUCCUAGUUAUUGGUUCUGCUGUUGGCAUGGAAUUCUGGGCAAGGUGGGCCCAUAGAGCACUGUGGCACGCUUCAUUGUGGCAUAUGCACGAGUCCCACCACAGAGCUAGAGAUGGACCUUUUGAGCACAACGAUGUGUUUGCCAUAAUCAACGCGGUCCCUGCCAUUGCUCUUUUGUAUUACGGUUUCUUCAACACUGGUCUUCUUCCUGGACUCUCUUUUGGGAUUAGGAAUUACUCUGUUUGGGAUGGCUUACAUGUUUGUGCACGAUGGUCUAGUCCACCGUCGUUUCCCGGUUGGCCCCAUUGCAAAUGUUCCUUAUUUGAGAAAAGUUGCUGCAGCCCAUCAAUUUCAUCAUUCCGGCAAAUUUGGAGGAGUCCCAUACGGGUUGUUUUUAGGACCACAUGAAUUAGAGAAUGUUGGGGGACUUGAAGAAUUGAAUAAAGAGAUACAGAGGAUUGUUAGAUCAUCCAAAAGUUCAUAAGUUUUUAUUUAUUAAUUAUUUAUAAAUAAAAAUUUCAAUCGAAAAAAAAAAAGCUAACAAAAUUGAUUUAAUUGAUAAACAGAAAAAUACAAAGCAUUGCUUUCAUUGGCAGCUCGAAGAGAUCUUUUUGUACAUACACUUAUUUGUUUCGUUUGAAAUAUUUGUCAUUUUUCUUCCAUUGAUAUAACUAAGAUAUGUGUAUAUUCAAUAAGUAUUCACUUUGUUCC